GCGGCGAGGGCGGCCUGGCACGUCCUCGAGCUCCGCGGGCACUACGUGCGUCCUUCUGCCGGCGUCUGCUGUUUUUUCCGGGAUCCGCACGCCUAUCGCGGGGUGCGGACCGGAGCCCGUCGUGCAGCCGGGCUUCCGAGGGGCCUCGUGGGAGCCAUGAGCCGCCGCCUCGGCUGGGUGGCGGCCCUGCUGCUGGAGCUGCUGCUGGAGUGCACAGAGGCCAAAAAACACUGCUGGUAUUUUGAAGGACUCUAUCCUACAUACUAUAUAUGCCGUUCCUAUGAAGACUGCUGUGGCUCCAGGUGCUGUGUGCGGGCCCUCUCCAUACAGAGACUGUGGUAUUUUUGGUUCCUGCUGAUGAUGGGCGUGCUGUUCUGCUGUGGAGCUGGUUUCUUCAUCCGCCGGCGCAUGUAUCCACCACCACUUAUUGACGAGCCCACAUUCAAUGUGUCCUACACCAGGCAGCCACCAAAUCCUGCUCCAGGAGUGCAGCAAAUGGGGCCGCCAUAUUACACUGACCCUGGAGGACCCGGGAUGAAUCCUGUUGGCAAUACUAUGGCAAUGGCGUUCCAGGUCCAGCCCAGUUCAUCCCAUGGAGGCACAACUUACCCACCCCCUCCUUCCUACUGCAACACACCCCCACCCCCCUACGAACAGGUGGUGAAGGACAAGUAGCAAGAUGCUACAUGGAAGGCAAAGGGGCUGGACAGGCCCUUUUGUGUGUCCUCCCCAUCUCUAAGGGCAAACUGCUCUUUGAUAUUUUCAAAGCAAGCCUAGUUCUCUUUCAAGUUUUUUGUGGAGGACAUUUGAAUCCACACUGUCUCCUCUGUUGCUUCUGUUUCUGAUGUAGUCUGUGCUCUCUGAGAGAGUGUGGCAGCAGUUCCCCAGGGUUGACAUUCCUAGGGAGGUCAAGGUAGACCCUUGGGAGAGAGGCUAGAGGAAAAGAAGGUAUAGCCUAUGUGUCAGGAGGCAGAUAGAACAGUAAGGUCGAGAUAAGACUCCUAUGAUGUAGCAGUUGGCAAAGAAGUUCCAAGUGCCACUAUUUACUGUCCCAGCCCAUUAUCCUAAUUGAAGCUGUGGAGAUGUGCUAGGGAGGCCUGUUGACACUGUUCGGUCUCCACUCACCUUUUGAAAACAGGCUUUCCUCUGCAGGAACAGGAAAGACCCAGGUACAUGUUGCUUUCACUGCAAGAUGAGGGUCAGAUCCCAGCUGGACAUCUGCAGUUAACUAAAGACGAUUAAAGAAGGGAAAGUCUUUAAGUUAGGGGGAAUAACUCCCUACUAUCUCCAAAUGGAAACAUCAUAUUUUAUGAAUCAUGAUUUGGCUUCAGAUGUGCAUUUGUUGUCCUUUGAGAUCAGAUGGAGAGUGUGAACCCUUCAGGUCACUGAUCAGAGGGCUCUAACCCCCUUCUCUUAGCUGCUUCUGGUGAUGGGUUUCAUGGCCACUUGUGAGCAGAGGCACACAUUAGGCUAGGUAGUUACAGUGACCCUUGAUGUGGGAGAGAACAGCCAAAGCAGCCCAGGAAAGCAAGAACAGCAUUGCUGAAUAAGAACUAGGGUUGUAUGUGAUCCAAGCAGAGAUGUGCCCAGCUCUGAAGAGGGGAUGUUUGUGGAUAGAAAAGUGGAAACCUGCUUAGUUGCACAGACCACAUAAUGAAAAGUAGAGAAGGAAAAUGUAGUUAGAGAUGCUGUUUCCCAGGUGAGGAUCAAAACUCACCAAUAGAUUUAUAAGUAGUGGAGGGAGUUUUUAACAGUGAGGAGUUUUGUUCCCUUGUGUAGUCAGUCAUGUUAAUGUGUAUUUAAACCCAGAUUGAAACCUUGUGUAGUAAGAGCAAGGUGGUAUUGCUAAGGUGUUUAGAGUAUUUAUAUGUAGUAUGAUGGGAAGUGGGGCUGCAAGUAAAGGGAAUGACAAUUUAAAUGAACUAGUCAGAGCCUUUUGAUAAAUUAUUACUUGUUGAAUUGGGCAUUCAAACAUCUCUUUUGAGUGGACAUGGAGUGUUCUUUACCACCUAUAAGAUGGGAGAGGCAUGGUGUCAUUCUCCGUUGGGGUAUUUAUAUGAAACGGGUUCAGGAAUCAGGACAGUAGCUUCAUGGGCUUAGUUUAAGAACAGAACGCAUGGGGACUUGGUAGACAAUUUUAUAGGAAAUUCCAGGGAAGGGAUGAAUAUAUUUUAAGACAGUUUGGGGACACAGAUGCUACUGCCCUAGUGAUUGAGCACUCUUGUGUCUCUGGCUUCCUGCCCCUGGGCCCAGUACACCUCCCCGUGCUUGGGCCCUUGUUUUAAAUAAGAAAACAAAGCACAAUAUCUGCUGUUUACAGUCAAGACUACAUGUCCAAACAUUUCCUCUCUCUGUUCCUUUUUAAAAUGAAGAAGCACAGAGCUGCCCCUGGGAUUGCGCCAGGAAACAGCUGAAUGAAUCAAGGCACUUGAUGUUUGUAACUAAAUCUUAUCUUUUUCAUAGCAAAUCCUUUUGAAAAAAACUGAUAGGGUUCAGCAAUUUUAUAUUCCAAUGUCUGUAAAAGAUAAAUUUUGCCAUUGAGCCUGCAUUGGAAUUCCUUCAGCUGUAAACACUAGCAAUGCAUAUCGAAAUUGCACUUCUGGGGGUGUUUCCCAGCAUUCUUGCUUUCUUGUGUUUGGUGAGUAAUGCUCACCCCUUCCAGCAGCUCCACUUAUGUAUACUAAGGUCUAUGGAGCAGGUGUGUGGGGACAGAUCUGAAGCAGACUUGUGCAUGCUUUCUUGGCAACACUUGGCUCAUGUUUCUUUGUUCUCUUUUGAUAGGGUCCUGUUUCCUAUGUAUGAAAAAAAAAUAAAAGUGGAUUAUUUGGU